AUGCCAUACUCUAAAAAGCCUAACUACACCAAGUUCAACGAAAAGCACGAUUACGACGCUCGGUGUAAGGAACGUCGCCAAUCCACUACCUGUCCUUCUUCUCCUCCAGAAUUCACGUUGUCCAGAUCUUCUUCAACCAAUUCCUCUUCCGUAUCUUUUGUGUUCCCAGAAAAACACUGUUGA